AAAUAUUUUGCCUUGUAUGGCGCAUUCUACAUUUAAUGGCUUUCUCCAAAACCUCCUCAAUUUCCUCCAUUGAACCACAACACCCUUCUUCUUCUUCUUCUUCUUCCUCCUAUCUCUCUCAUUCCUUCCAAGAAAAGAACUCUCAUCUCUCUCCAUCUUCCACUUCUUUUUCUCAUUCUCUAUCAUAAAACACACAAACCUCUUCAUCUUUUGCAUAUUCUCAUACAUAUUUCUCAUCCUUUCUCUCUUAGUUUAACCCCUUGUACAAUAAUCUAUUAUCCGUAUUACAGCUUUGCGGACACCUGUGUUUUUAAGUCAAAGUCACAACUCUUCCAUAGGAUUUUAUGGAUCCAUUUUGCCUACAUCUUUAGAGAGAGUUGUUCUACAGCUUUGCGGACACCUGUGUUUUUAAGUCAAAGUCACAACUCUUCCAUAGGAUUUUAUGGAUCCAUUUUGCCUACAUCUUUAGAGAGAGUUGUCUCGCGAGAACGUAUUUAGAUAUUUCCUGCAUGUGCUGAUGGUUUCUUGUCAAAUUCAGUCCCGGUUAGUUGUCUCGCGCCACUAAGUAUCGGUCAACCUGGUGCCAAUGUUUUAUGUGAAUUCCAUUGAAAACAGAUGAAAAAUGCAGAAGAUCAUAGUUCCAAAAUGCACCAAUCCAAUCCGUUUCAUUGUUCUAACCUCCUUCAUUCUAUGCUCUAUAUUGCUCUUAUGUGUUGAUUACUCUGCCUUGUAUGAAACCAGACAAAAGGAAGCCACUCUCUUAACCAACGACUUCUCCAAUUCCUCAUCACCCAUUGAUCCAAAUUCUGAAGAAUUAGCCAUUGGAACUCUCACCACAACCUCACGCAUUGACCAAAAACCAAAACAAUCCAUUAAGACCAGUUCCUCCAAUUCUCAUUCAUCAAGAAGAUCAAGCAGAAGAAGUUCUCGUCGAAAAGGCAGAAAAACCAGAACCAAAAUCAAACCCAAACCCAUAUUGCACAUCUUUGAAGAGCCAAAAAAAUUGCCACCCAAAACAGAGGAGGACCCUUCAUGCAAAGGGAAGUACAUUUACAUGCAUGACCUCCCCAAGAAAUUCAACGACGAUUUAAUUCAGAAUUGCUUAUUACCCCAUUUGAAAUGGUCAGAAAUCUGCAGAUUCGUGUGGGAAAACAUGGGAUUAGGCCCAAAAGUUUAUAGCAACAAAAGAAUUUUAACCAACAAUGGCUGGUAUUACACCAACCAAUUCUCCUUGGAAGUCAUUUUCCACCACAGAAUGAAGCAAUACAAGUGCUUAACACAGAAUUCCUCUCUAGCAUCAGCAGUUUUCGUGCCAUUCUAUUCGGGUCUGGAUGUUGGGCCUUAUCUCUGGGGAUUCAACACCUCAAUAAGAGACAAAGGCCCAAUUGAAUUGGCUCGAUGGCUCUCAAAAACACCUCAGUGGAAAACCAUGUGGGGGAGAGACCAUUUCUUGAUUGGAGGAAGAAUCACUUGGGAUUUCAGAAGAAACAAUGAAAAUGACUCAGAUUGGGGCACAAAGCUCAUGCUUUUACCAGAACCCAACAACAUGACAAUGCUGACAAUUGAAACCGGGUAUUGGAACAACGAUUUUGCUAUCCCAUACCCCACUUAUUUCCACCCUUCAACCGACGCCCAGAUCAUAGAGUGGCAGAGGAAGGUGGAAAGACGGGAAAGACCCUACCUUUUCUCCUUCAUAGGCGGGCUAAGGCCAAAACAGGAAACCUCCAUUAGAGGGGAGCUCAUAAACCAGUGUACAGCUUCAAGAAACUGCUUCUUCUUGGCCUGUAUUCCCGGAGGGAGGAAGUGUGGAGACCCUGUGGAAGUGACGAGGACGUUUUUAAGCUCUGUUUUCUGUCUGCAGCCGCCAGGGGAUUCCUAUACAAGAAGAUCAAUUUUUGACGCCAUGUUAGCUGGCUGUAUCCCUGUUUUUUUCCACCCUGGGACUGCUUUUGCUCAGUACAUUUGGCAUUUUCCAAAGGAUCGUAAGAAGUACUCUGUUUACAUACCUUCAAAGAGAGUGAAGGGCAAAGAGGUAAAUGUCAGUGACGUGUUGGAGGGAAUUUCUAGUAAAGAAAUUUUGGAAAUGAGAAAUGAGGUGAUUAGAAUGAUUCCUAGGAUGAUUUAUGCAGACCCCAGAUCAAGAUUGGAGACUUUUGAGGAUGCUUUUGAUGUAGCAGUUAAAGGGAUUCUUGAGAGAGUGGAGAUUCUGAGGAAGGAGAUUGAGGAGGGGAUGGAUCCUAGUAUUGGUUUUUCUGAUAUGAACUUGCAAAAGUUUGAAAUGAUUGGACUUGGAUGAGCUUUAUAUUUACAUUAUAUGGUAGAG